UUCACUUACUGAACGUUACACGCACAAUACGAACACAUAGACAAAUUCGUAAACAUACCCAGAUUAAUAUAUUUGGUCCUGUGCAUGUUUGGGACGUAUAAACAACAGUCGGUUAUUGUUACGCCUCCAGACGAGUGUUAUACGGGUAUAACGGAGGAUUGAUCUGCACAACUCCUCACCUGUGAAUAUUUUACCUGUGGAGAUCACACCUGUGUAUUAGGUUACUGAUAUCCCAACAGUGUAUUCGCCGUGUAUAUGAGGUAAAGGAUGUGAUUCCCAAUCCACACAGACGGCGCUUAGUGAGAAGAAAAUUAGGAUUCGUUGACAGUCUUUUCCGUGUCAGACCUUGUGCCGGACCCUGCAGACAUGACUUUGUUUAGCCCGAUAUGUGAAAGUCAGUGAUUUUAAGGUUACGUCGUUUUAUCAACAGUGACUUAAUACUGUUUACCUGUCGUUACCUAACUCACCUGUGCUGACAGGAGUCAGAUGUACAAUCAGUAUGUCAAAUAUGCCGGACGACCAAACUUUCAUUGUGGUGCGAUACGGUGAUGACGAGUCAGCACUGUUCAAUCCGUAUUGUACGAGUCAUACUCUUAUGGAGUGGAUCAGAAAAAAGUGUCGUUGUGAAGAUGACAUUACGAUAGACCUUGUCGAUCUCGAGGGUCAGGUGAAGAAUCUCCCAACCCGACCUAAAGACUACGCCAGCGAGAUGGUCACAGGACGUGAGACAUACGUGUUAAUACGAGUCGAACGAUGUAACGACGGGAAGUUUAGCUAUACAUCUCUACUCAACAACCUUGCUGAAGUAAAUCCUGAACUGAACGUUAAGCUAUCUAGUAUGUCCAGACCCACGACGAGAACGAAUAAGAAUAAGAAACAGAAACCCCAAGUGAAGCAGAUGAAGACGGCGCGUCAGGAGUCCUCUCAGGGCAAGAGGCCAGGGAGCAGCGAGAAGCCAAAGAAAUCAGCCAAAUAAAAGUGCCACGUUUACGGAUAUUCUUACAGUGCUGUUAGAUUGUAUACUUGCUCGCAUGCGACAGUUUGAAAUGAUAAUAUUAUCAAAUCGGUCGCAUUAUCAACACAUUAUUUCUUCAUAUUUACAUAUCUUAGCAAUGACGUUUCUGGUAGUUUACAACAAUGACAUUUGUGAAUAGAUACUACUAUCGUGAAGAGUUCAAUGUAUGUGUAUUUGCAAGGCCAUGACAUAAUGUAAUAAUUUAUUUUCACGGAAGAAAAUACCUACAUGUAGUAGGUUAAUGUGUUCUUGGAUCCGUCCCUGUGUACAUAUUUUGCAUUAUAUUGAAUACGUAGAAUAAAUCCCUAUCAAACACUCUAA